AUGUCUUCCAGUCUCUGGAGCAUCAGACGACGUUCAACUCCAUUAGCCGCUAGUGGCUUCAAGGAUCGCAAAGUGGCGCAGGCAACAGCCUUUGGCCGAGACAAAUCGAACGGCAAGUAUACCCGAGUCUUGGAGGCCCGGAACUGGACCCUGGCAGGCCUGAAGGCCCGGAAGUGGGCCCUCCGAGCGGGGACCCAAAAAUGGUUCCUACAAGGAGCUCAGGGCCAAACUCAGGCACUGCUCAGGGCUGCUCAGACCUGCUCAUCGCUUCUCAGGCUGGGCGCAGGCUUGCACCGCCACAGCUCAGUGUCGCUUACUCAUGGCUCAGGUUUCAACACCGGUUGCUCAGGUCUGAAAACGGAAAUGGACUUUGGUGAGGUCAAGAUUCGGGUUUGGUGGCUUUCCUCUAGGCUUCCUAAAAGUUAUCCUCGGCAACUUUGGUUUCCAACCGGUAGCAUUAUACCCAUGCAGUUAUUCUUCGCAGAUUCCCUGGACCAGGACGAUGGUCCAUGCAGAUUUCAGAGGUACGACCGUACGACAUCGGUCUUUGUCGUUCCCAUCCACAUUGUACAGAACCUUUAG